AUCUGGUUGAGAUCAAAUAACCAAAUAUCCUAUAGACUCGGUCAAACUACCAAAUAUCCAAAGAUACUUCCAAUUAAAUAUUAUAAAAUAAAACAUUAAAUCUUAACAAAAUGAUGGCACCUUUCUGGAUUGCGUCAAUUCUGUUGGCUAUUGCAACCAUUAAUCACAACAACAAUGGCAUUGUUCAAGCAGAUAUUUUAUAUGCAGGUAUUGUCUAUGGAACGCCCGGAAAUAACACACCUGACACAGUUGAAGCAUUGGCUGUUUGCCGUAAAUAUGGUAUUCGGAGAAUAAGGAUUAUGGAAACCGAUGACCUUGCAAUCCAAUCUCUAAGGAGUAUGGGAAUUGAAGCAACUCUUGGCGUAAAAGAUGAAUAUUUGCCUGGCCUAGCAUCAAGCUAUGAAGCUGCAAAGUCAUUGUUUGAAAUCUAUUUGCAGCCCUACGUUCCUUCUGAAUUUGUCGUUAACUAUAUUGUUGUUGGCAACAAAGUUAUCCCUGGACCCAAUGGCAAGUAUGUUUUGCCGGUAGUGAAAAAUCUUCAAAGGGUACUCGCCGAUAAGAACUUAACUCAAAUAAAAGUGGCAACUGCGGUGUCCACUGACGUAUUGAGAACGAUUUUUCCACCUUCACAUGCUGCAUUCUCAGAAAAGGCACAAGGGGAUUUGAUACCACUUUUACAACAUUUACAAGAAACAAAUUCACCCUUAUUCAUCGAUGUGUAUCCUUACCAUUAUUUUGCAGCCGGACAAAUCCGUCAGGAUUUUGCAACAUUUUCUACACAUAAAGCUCAGUAUUGGGACAAGACGUUAGGUUAUUGGAACAUGUUUGAUGUCUUGGUGGAUGCUUUCUUUUGGGCAAUGGAGAAACGUGAUUUGGAUGUGAAAAUGGUUAUUGGUGAAACAGGUUGGCCUGCCGAUGGGAAUGGUGGAUUGACUACUCCAGAACUUGCAAGGACAUAUAAUCAGAAUUUUCUAAGACAUAUCACUGCAGGACAUGGUACGCCAAAAAGACCAUACACUUACCGGGAAGGGUUUAUUUAUUCCAUGUUCUAUGAAAAUGAUAAACCAACAGGAAUUGACCAAAGGUUUGGAGUAUUCUAUACGAACAAAGAACCAGUUUAUCAUUUAUAUUUUCCUUAUCCUAAGAAACAUGGACGAAAGGGAAAGUCAGAGAAAUUAUUCAAUACAACAGGAUGACAGCCACUUGCGCUCUCAUGGAACAACAAAAUUAAACUAUUCUAAAUUUCAAUGAUAUAUAUAUUUUAAAAUUAAUAAUUGCUAAGAAUACUUGUAUUGAAUAGUUGGCUAUUAUCAUGUAGUAUUUGUGAUUUUCUUUGCAUAUGUAAAAUGCAUUAUACAAGGGAAUAUAUUUGGGGCUCUAAAUAUUUAUCGUGUGGCCUUGCUGGAUAGAAUUGGCCUAUCAUAUGAUAUAACAUAUCAUUGUACUGAU